AUGGCUAAUCCUCGGUUCGACCCCAACUUCACCGACAAUGUCAUCAACGCGAUGGGUCCCAAAACCAACCCGCGUUUCCGGAAGGUCAUGGCCAGCCUGAUCCGCCAUGUCCAUGACUUUGCUCGCGAGAACGAACUCACUGUCGACGAAUGGAUGGCCGGCGUCAAGCUGCUCAACUGGGCGGGCCAGAUGAGCGACGACAAGCGCAAUGAAGGCCAGCUCGUCUGCGACGUGAUCGGGCUUGAGUCGCUCGUCGACGAAAUCACCUUCAAGCUCGCUGAAGAGGCCACCGACGCACCCACCGCAACCGCCAUCCUGGGCCCCUUCUUCCGCGCCGACACCCCCUACCGCAACAACGGUGACAACAUCGUCAAGGACGUGCCGGACGGCGAGAUGGUGUUCAUGCACGGCCGCGUGAUCGAUUUCCAGACAAAGAAGCCGCUCGUUGGCGCGACGGUGGAGGUGUGGCAGGCGUCCACGAACGGGCUGUAUGAACAGCAGGAUCCGAACCAGGAGGAGUUCAACCUGCGCGGGAAGUUCAAGACGGAUGCCGACGGGCGGUACUACUUUUAUUGCCUGCGUCCGACGCCGUAUCCUGUGCCGAAUGACGGUCCCGCAGGCAAGUUACUCGAGCUCAUGGACCGACACCCCUACCGCCCUGCCCAUAUCCACAUCAUCGCUACGCAUGGAGGCUACAAGCCACUCACCACACAGAUCUUCGACCGCAAGGACAAGUACCUGACGAAUGACUCGGUGUUUGCCGUCAAGGACUCGCUGAUCGUGGACUUUGUGCCUCGUAGGGAUGACCCUCAAGCUGGACUUGAGCUUGAAUAUGAUGUCAAGCUGGUGGCGGACCGGGCGUAG